AUGGAGCAAGGCACCAAGUCAAAGAAAACCGUAUUUGUAGGAGGUAUCAGCGAUGAUAUCGAUGAAACUGCAAUUUACCAAAGUUUCUCGACCUUUGGUGAGCUGCUUGGUCCACACCGCUGCCCACACUUACCCCGUCUUCGAAUUACAGGAGAGAUCGUGCAAGUCCAGCUUCCCUCUGCAGUCACAAAUCAAUCACAACAAUCUCAGGCUAAACAUCGGGGAUUCGCGUUUGUCACCUACGGCUCGUCCUCAGAUGCCCAAGAUGCAAUCGACAACAUGGACAUGAACGAGUUGCAUGGACGGGUCAUAAAAGUAAACCUGGCAAGGCCAAUGAAAGGCCAGCUAGAAGCAUCUAGCAACAGAGCUAUUUGGGAGUCGGAAGAAUGGUUACAGCAGCACGUUAAGCCUUUGGCUCAAAGCGGAGGCGUUCAAGGUCGUAACGCACAACAAGGUGAACAAGAAGACACCCAAAAUAAGAGUGACGAAGACAUGGAAGAAUAA